ACAAGUUACUCCUCCUUCUUACUCUCUUCUCUCCUCCCUCCACUUUCUCUCUCUAAAUUCUUACUCAUUCCUCCGUCGACAAACCCUAAAACUCAUUCAUCUCGCCGGUGACAAUUUUUUUUCCCCGGCGGAACCGGGAGGAAGCGAGCUCCGGGUCUGACCCGACCCGAUCUGUUUCCGGAUACCAUUUCCCGAAAGAGAUUGGAAAAUGUAUAAGAACCAGCUUCAAGAGCUGGCCCAGCGGAGCUGCUUUAACCUUCCAUCGUACACUUGCAUUCGGGAAGGUCCCGAUCACGCGCCUAGGUUCAAGGCCACCGUUAACUUUAACGGCGAGAUCUUCGAGAGCCCUCACUACUGCUCCACUCUCCGUCAGGCCGAGCACUCCGCCGCUGAGGUCGCACUCAAUUCUCUCUCCCACCGUGGUCCAUCUCACUCCCUCGCCGCUAAGAUCCUUGAUGAGACUGGAGUCUACAAGAACCUCUUACAGGAAAUUGCACAAAGGGUUGGUGCUCCAUUGCCUCAGUACACAACAUUCAGAUCAGGCCUAGGGCAUUUGCCUGUUUUUACUGGAAUAGUAGAAUUGGCUGGAAUCACAUUUACUGGUGAACCUGCCAAGAAUAAGAAACAAGCUGAGAAAAAUGCAGCUAUGGCAUCUUGGUCAUCUCUAAAGCAAUUGGCAAAAGAGACUGCAAGCUCUUCAACUGAACCGGAGAACAAUGAUGAACUGGAACAGAUCACAAUAGCUCGGGCUUUACAGAACUACCGUAUGAAGGAAAAGAUGGCAAUGUCAAAUCCAAAUGCUCCAAUUCCAUUCCAUAAGAAGUUUCAGAUUCAAAAUCCCAGGCCAACCAGUUCUCAACCUCUGCCUGCCACUACAUCAAAGAUCCUUCCCCUAAUUUGCCAAAAAGCGGCACCUCGAAGCAAACCCUCAUUGGCAACAGCAAAUGAAAGCCCUCGAAGCAGGCAUCCACUAUCAGCAGCAGCCAGUGACAAUUCCGUGGUGCCACCUCAGUCUUCUGCACUGGAAAGCCGAUGGACCCGACCCCUGAAGUUCCCUGCAGCAGGAGCAGCACCUUAUGUUCCUAUUCGACAAAUGAGAUCACCUUGCCAUGGGAUUGCACCUGCAGUGACUAUAAGGACCGUAGUACCUGUAUUCUCUGCACCACCUCUUCGACCACCAGCCUCAGUGUCCCAUCAGGUAAUACAAGCUCCUCCUGUAAGAGUUGCUCCUCCAGUCAAUAUUCGGCAAGCUGUUCCUGUAUAUGCUGCUCCAUCAGCAAGAAAGGAUGAACCUGCUCCCAUCCAAAAAGAAGAAUCACCAGCUAUUAGUGCCCUGGGCCAGCAAGAUAAACUGCCAGCUAAAAUUCAAGAUAUAGACAAGAUUGAGAAUACCCGACUAGAAUCACAGACUGUGCGGAGCUUGGAGCUUCUGAAAAUUUGAAUUUUAUUGGAGUGGGUCUGAAUCCAGGGAACUCCGUCAUGUUUUUGUGCUGACCUUGAGUUUACUUCUCAUCCUAUAAUGAGUGAUGUUAAAUCAUCCCUUCAUCUUUCCUUACCCCAUUUUGUCCUGUUAAAUGCGACAGUUGGCGCAGGUUCAUUAGCAUCAGCAGUCGAAUAUUUGUGAAAUUCAAGAGCAGUUUGGUAUUUAAUUUGCUCAUGUUUUUACUUAUGUAUGUAUCUCAUAUCUUAUUUUGCCUUGACAGCAAGUCUGCGAGCUUGAUUAUUGCUCGCUUUUUCUUGGGAUAAGUAUUGCUCCACUCUUGCGUGUGGAAUUGCUGCAUUACUUUCCCCACUAUUCACCUGAGACCUUACCAUCAUAGUGAGUUCAUCUCCGAGAUUUGAGAAUGUGUCUUUGGAAAAGAGAAGGCAGACGCUGCCCUAUGCUAGUUCUGUUAGAAGAAAAGCCUUACUCAUGAAACGGACCAGACAUGGCUUAUGUAAUUAGGUCUAUAGGGUACCUCUGGGCUCAUGAUUGUUAACUUUACGUGUUAAUUGAUAGAUAUAAUAAAGCUACAUG